AUGGCUGCCGAGUACAGCCUCCAACGCACGCCCAAGAACGCGGACUCGGACGUGUUGGCGACCUCUUCGCCCCUCGUCUCCAAUACGGGCUUCUCGUGGUUCAAUCACAGCGCGUGGUGCCUCACAGCGGCAGCGCAGCUCACGGCGAUCGCUUUUGCGACCAUGUACUACACCCCCGUCUACCGCGAUGACAUCAAGGUCGCGAUGAACGGAUGGUGGGGCGCCGACCCGAACGGCCCUCGAGAUGUGUGGAACCUCCUCAAACUCGACCCCCCUGGAAGUGGCCAUGCCGAGAUGGUCAACAUGACGUACGUCCUGUUCCUGUGCGCCGGACCGUUUUUCGUUGGCGUGAUCGCGUACACGCUCGGGGGCCAGCUCGUGACGGCUCCCUCGCGCGUCGGCCAUGCCAUUUUCCGCACCCUCCGUCGCAAACCGACGUGGGUCUCGCUCAGCUACGGCGAGAUGCUCUUCGUUCUGCUCUUGACCCUCGGCAAUGCCAUCGUGCUUGGGUGGUACAUGAAGGGCAAGUGGGAUGGUCUGGUCAAGAAGGGCCUGCACACAAAUGACAGCUACGUCCUUGAGGCGCUCGCAAUCACCCUCGCGAUGAACGCCCGCUACACGAUGAUGUUCAUGGCGCUGCCCGUGACCCGCCACUGCUACUGGAUGGACAUGCUCAACAUGUCGUAUGCGCAUGGGGUCAAAUACCACAUGUGGAUGGGUGUGCUGAGCCUCGUAUUUAUCGUGGGCCACAGCAUCGGGUUCAUCGUGGUGCACGUGAUGCGGGACGAACUGCACGACAUGGUGCUGUGUUUCGACUGCGAUCUGGGCAAGGAAGGGCUGAUGCCGUGGAUCAACUUCUUCGGGAUCCUCGCCACGUCCAGCUUCAUCGUGCUCGGGAUCACGUCGAUUCCGUUUGUCCGGCGCCACUACUACCAAGUGUUCAAGUACACCCACUACUUGUUCAUCCCGGCGGUGGUGUUUUCGAUCGUACACUACUACAACAACAUCCUCUGGUUUUACCCCGCCAUCACGCUCUACAUCGUGAACCGCAUCAUAUCGCAGGCCCAUUCAAACGUCCCGACCGAAGUCGUCGACGUUGCAGCGCUCCCGAACCGAGUCGUCCGCCUCGUCCUGCGCCGGUCCACGGCCGCCAACGGUCAGUUCACCCCCGGCGCGUUUGCCUACCUCCGCGUCCCGGCCAUCUCGACCGUCCAGUGGCACCCGUUCAGUAUCUCGUCGUCGCCGGCGGCGCACCCGGACACGUUUACGAUCUACGUCAAGGAUCUCGGCGACUGGACAUCUGCGUUCUACGACCAUGCCGUAGUGUGCCAGACAGCCAACAAGCUCCCCGUUGUGUACGUGGACGCAUUCUACGGCAGUAAAGAGAGCGAAGUCGCCCCGCACUCGAACGUCGUCCUGGUUGGCGGCGGCAUCGGCGUCACACCGCUCAUCGGCAUGCUCGAAGAAGUAUACGAAUCCGCGCGCCAUGCCACUGUGAACCGCAACGUUUGGCUCAUCUGGGCCGCGCGAGACCUGAGUUUGUUCAAAGAAUUCGAGCCGCUCUUCACCAAACUCCGUCAGUUCGACCCCGCCGGCACGGUGUUUCGCGUCAAGCUGUUCUUGACGCAAGCUGCCGACGGCGCCGCACUCGAGUACACUGCGAAUCACGCCCCCCUCGCGCUCGCGACGCGUGAAUUCCACCCGACCGCGCCGUUGACCGCACCACGGCCGUUUGCGCGGGCCCUCAAGUCCGUGCCGCUCCAGCUCGCUGCGUUCCUCACCGCAUUCCUCGUGAGCUGGAUCGUGCUUAUGUUUAGCCGCUGGACGUUCCGGAUUCGAGGCGGCAACCCCGCGAACUGGCCCAUCCAGCGCAUCGUCGAAGUCGUCAUCAUCGUGGUCGGGGCGUACGUGUCGUAUAUUGUGGUCGGGUUUGAGAAGGCGACGGCGCCGACGGCCAAGGCGAACGCGGCGUCGAUGUAUUUGCAUGCGCAUCCCAACGCCGCGCCGGCGACGGCGGACUUUGUCCACGAGUUCCGCGUCGAGGACUCCCGUCCGGACUUGACCAAGCUCUUGGACGCUAUCAACGCUGAGGCGCGCGACGAAGCCCCGAUCGGGGUGUUUGUGUCUGGUCCCAAGUCGCUGUCCGACGCCGUCGACACGGCGGCUCGCCACGUGAAUCACAAGCGGUUUGACGUGCACUACGAAGAAUUUGAGCUGUAGGAACCGACGUAGUCUGGAUACCAAACCACUGUUUUACUAUAUACGCACAUGACAUCGUUCAACUCGACUGUAGUUCGCGCUAAAGCGAUUGCCGGACGAGGGCGCGUCAUGAUGAAGGCGUGGCUGUCUAGCCGUUUCCUCGCGUUGUCUACACCUUCGUGCCGAAGUCCGAAAGUUGUGGCAGUUUGUAAAGGCUUGGCGCGUCAAUUUUAAGCCACGCCAACCACGACGAGAUCUAUGUUGAUCGGUUUUACGUGUGUAUUAAGUAAAACAGUGGUUUGUUUGCCC